GAAACUCUUCAUGGUAUUUGCUUGCAUCGUCGCAUCCACCGUAGCUCAAAGAGGAUCAUAUGCCGGUUCAGGUCCAAAAGGUAUACCCCAGUUACAUCCCAGAUUCAAAGAAACUAAUGAUGGAUCUGCAUCUUCUUCAAUACCAAACCUAGGAGAUAGAUCAGGAGAUUUUAACGGCAACAGUGGUAACAGUGCUUAUAUACCAGUAGAUGCUAGAGGUGAUACCAAACUUAUAGACAGGUUAAACGAAUGGCCUAAAGAAAACAGACCAUUCUGGUUGACCAAUUACGAAAUUAUUGAAAAAAACAGAGGAAGACCAGGUGUUUCUUCGACAUCUAAUUCUGGUUCGUCGACAUCUAACCCUGGUUCUUCUUUAAAUAGUGGUUUAAAUCAAAAUGGAAGACCAGUUACCUUUAAUACUGGAUCAUCACAGAAUGAUGGUUUCGAUCAAAAUUCUGCCUUCACAAGACCAUCCAGGGCAAACGGUUUUGGUUCCAAAUCAGAUUCCACAAACCCUCAAAAUAGCGGUUCAAGUCAGCCUUUAAAUAAUAGAUUUGGUGGAAAUAAUCUUCUAGAGAGCAAUAGCAAGAAUUCCUUUUCUAUAAUGAUGAAUGGGCAAUGGCGAUCAUAUGUCUACAAUGCUAUGAGCGAUUCCUGGGUUAGGAGACAUUGA